AUGCAGUUCCAUCUCCUGACUCUGGCCACCGCCCUUCUCACUGGCGUAGCCAUUGCACAUCCCGGCCACGACCACACUCUGAGCCAUGCUGAGAUCGCGCGCCGCUCGAAUCUAUCGAGGCGUUGCGCGGCUCAAGCUGGCAAGUUCAGCGAGGUUAGAAAAAGGCGUGCUGCUGAGAAGCGCUCGCUCGUCAGCCGCUCGCUAGCCAAGCGUGACACAAACGUCACCAUCCACACGGAGGGCCCCCACUACAGCACCAUUCAGAACGACACUUGCGUCCUAACACCCGAGGUCACCAAGGGACCCUACGUAUGGCCGCAGUCACAAACUCUGCGACAAGAUAUGAGCGAGGGCCAGGCCGGUGUCCCUCUGUAUCUGGAUAUUGGCGUCCUCAACGUCAAUACCUGUGAGCCAGUUGAAGAUGCCUUGGUCGACCUUUGGCACUGCAAUGCCACCGGCUCUUACAGCUCUUUCACACAUCACAACCCCAACACUCCUUUCGAAGAGCUCCUGAAGGAGCUCAAUACAGUGUUCCCUGGUUUCUACGUGGAAAGAACUAUCCAUAUCCAUGCUCAGGUACACACCGAUUGGUCCGUCCGCAGCAACGGCACAAUCGUCGCUUCCAACAUUGUCAGUACUGGCCAGCUCUUCUUUGAUGAGCAACUCAGCCAGCAGAUAAUGGCCCUCGAGCCCUAUGUCAGCCACACUGAGAUCAACCGCACCAUCAACGCCGUCGACACCAUCUACGCGGACGAGCAGGCUGGCAGCUGGAACCCUCUCAUGGUUGUCGAGCCACUCGAUGGCGAGGAUGUUACCAAGGGAAUGCUCGCCUACAUUACUCUGGGAGUCGAGGUAUAG